AUGGAUAACGCCAGGCCGCACACCUCGGCAAAGACACUCCAGCAUAUCACGGAAACACUCCGAUGGCGUCUGAUUCCUCAUCCGCCUUAUUCCCCAGACCUUGCUCCUUCUGAUUUUCAUUUAUUUCGAUCUUUAAAAAUUUUUCUCCGUGGCCAGAACUUCAAGAAUUCCGAGGAUGUCGAAAAUGCCAUUGGCUUGUAUUUUGUCUCCAAAAUGCAAACUGGUUUUUUCGAAUGCGGAAUUCGCAAACUUCCCCAUCGCUGGCGUGAUGUAAUUGACUUAUCUGGUGAUUAUCUCGUUGAUUGA